GUACAAGGAAGGGGAACCACCUAUUUAAACCAAUACGGCAAUGUACAAGCUAUCCGCGGCAAUCACUCUUCUUCACACCAAGUUUCUCGCUCUAGACUCUGAACUUCUGAAGAUUUAAUUAAUUCAUACUUGAAACACAUUCCUCACGCAACAAGACUGUGAAAUACCGCCAAAAUGGGCAGUGUCGCUACAAAGGAUGUCCCCACCUACAAACUCAAUGACGGCAAUGAGAUUCCGGUUCUAGCUUUCGGUCUGGGAACAGCUCAGUACAAGAAAGAUCCCCAGAGUGGACUCGACCAGCAUGUAGUUGACAUCACUACCAAGGCUAUCAAGACUGGAUAUCGCCAUCUGGACGGUGCCGAAGUCUAUGGCAACGAAGAGGAGCUUGGGCAAGCCAUCAAGGCUGGUGGUGUUCCUCGGGAACAGCUCUAUGUCACCACCAAGAUCCCUGCUGAGAAGAAGGGCUCUGCUAUUGACUCUUUCAAUGUUUCUCUCCAGAAGCUGGGUCUGGAGUAUGUGGAUCUCUACUUGAUUCACGGCCCUUGGUUUGCCGAGACCGAUGAGGACCUGCAGCAGCGUUGGGCCGAGCUAGAGCAGAUCAAGGAAUCUGGCAAGGCCAAGUCUAUUGGUGUUUCCAAUUUCCUCCAGUCGCACCUUGAGGCUGUUCUCAAGACCGCCAAGAUCAAGCCUGCUAUCAACCAGAUUGAGUACCACCCGUAUCUCCAGCACGGCGAUCUUGUUGACUUUCACAAGAAGCACAACAUUGCUGUUUCUGCUUACGGCCCCCUUACUCCUAUUGUCACUGCUAAGGGCGGACCUGUAGACCCUUUCUACACAAAGUUGGCCGAGAAGUACGGCGUGACAGAAAGUGAAGUCGGUCUUCGAUGGGUCAUUGACCAGGACAUCAUUGCGCUUACAACAAGCAACAAGGUUGAGCGACUCGAGGGAUACUUGGCUAAGCUACCUAAAUUCAAGUUGACACAGGAUGAGAUUGCAGAGAUCUCUCGACUUGGUGCUAAGAAGCAUUUCCGUGGGUUCUGGAGGAACAAGUUUGAUGAGAACGAUAGGUCCUAGGAGAGGACGUAGUGGUCUGUUUGUCGUUUCGUGUCAGAUAGAUAUAAUUCGUAAUAGUGGCUUGAUUUAGCUGGGCGAGUUACAGUCAAUAUGAUGAUCAAGAUGUCUCUCGAAAAGCUCCUAAAUUUAGGCCUUAACUCCGAUGGGAGGUUCCGAU